CAAAAUGAAAAAUUUGCAAACUGCAUUCUUUUACCUCGACUGAACAAGAGAAGAUGUUUGGUAUAUUCUUACAUGCUCAUUUUCUCAUUGGUUGUUUCCCUGUAUCUUAUGUUAAAGCAAGGCAGAAGAAAAUUGUUUCUCUAUGGCAUAAUAUUUUAUUGAUUUUACAUAAUAUUUUUAUUAUAAAGGGAGUACUUUGUCCUAUUGUAAUUCUUAUUGAUUACAGUUGUCGUACUGUGUUACUGUAAACUUUGUACCUAGGGGGCUGUUGGAUUAGCAAUAUGGGUUCCCUCUGUGACAAACCGGAAGAAGGAAAUUGACAACAAAUCUGAUACAAGAAACUCACCUAAAGGAUAUUCUCCAGUUUCACCUGCUGAUGAAAAUGAAGAUAACUGGAGACAGGCAAAUGCUGCUGAUGGUUUAGAACUCUCUGUUGUUAGUGAUGCUGCUGAUCAUGAAGCAAUUGACAAGAAACUUCAUCUCAAAAAUCUUAAGGUUUCUCAGGCCAUGUCUGACAGCUAUCUGAAGGUUUCAUAAUCUGCAACCCUGAAAGAUGCAAUCCAAUGCAUUCAUGAUGGCCACCAGAACUGUGUGCUAGUGGUCGAUCAAGAAGGUUUUCUGGAAGGAAUACUGACAUAUGGUGACAUCAGAAGGUGUCUUCCCGAGAAGUCUAGUGACACUUCUAUGAGGGAUUCAGGAUUUGUGGAUGAAAAUACAUGCUUAGUUUCCUCUGUUUGUACUCGGGGCAUGACCUAUCGUGGACGAGAGCGUGGACUUCUAACCUGUUAUCCCAAUACCAGUUUGGCUGUGGCCAAGGAGUUAAUGGAAGCCAAGGGCAUUAAGCAAUUACCAGUGGUUAAACGUGGUGGAGAUCGCAACAGGGAGAGGAAGCGGAGAAUUGCUGGUCUUCUUCACUAUGAUGCACUAUGGCAUUGUCUCAGGAAAGAGAUUAACCAUCGGAAGGAAGUGAAUCGAAAUAGGAGAGAAAACCAUUUGGCUGUGGAAACUGCAAACAGGCAUUAGCUUGGUUACCCUCACCAAAGAAACAGUAAGGAGGUGGCAUGGAUCUCCUUGAUUACCAUUUUGAAAGCCAAGUUAUGAGUGAAGACUGAUUAUAUAAGUUGAUGUAUAUUUUAGUGCCUCAAUCCAAUGGUGACAAGUUAAGCUGAGAUUCUUUUGCAUAAUUUAGCAAAGUGCAUCUUGUAAAGUAACUAUAAGAAAGAAGCAAAUGAAUAUCGAAUACAAUGAGAUUUGAAAAGCA